UGUGAAUGUACGUUUAGUCUAAAACUAUGGCUACGCAAAGAGACGCGGGCGCGUUUAAACCUGCCAUUCAAAGGCUUCCAACAACACCCCCACCCGAAACUCCACCGGCGACAAGUAGGUCCAUUCAGGUUGUAGACGAUUUACCCGUAAAGAAAUUUGUCGAGCGCAAACAUUUACGCACAGAUCAAUUUGAGUAUGAGCGGACAGGAGAUGAUCCUGGGUACAUAUUAAUAUUUAAUCAGGAGACAUUCGCGGAAUUAAAAACAAGAAGAGGAACUAAAAGAGAUGUUAACGAGCUAGUCAUAUGCUUACAGAGAUUAGGAUUUAAUAUUGAAAAGGAAAAUAUAUUGACAGAUCAGACAACUGAAGAAAUUAAACAAGUUUUAACGAAAGUUUCCAAUAUGGAUUUCACCCAUUAUAACUGCCUAAUACUGUUUUUCCUAUCGCAUGGCGAAGAACUAAACUUUUUAUUUACCAAGGAUGGCCAAAUAUUAACAAAAGAUAUCUGGUUGGCAUUUAAAGAUAGUAAAGGUCUCAACAAUAAGCCAAAAAUGUUUGUAUUUCAGGCUUGUAAGGGCGAAAACUUUACCACAGUUGGAAAUGAGCCACCGAAAUCAUCGGUUUUAACACCCUCUUCAACAUUCUCACCGGAUAUUCUAUAUAAUGAUCUCUUAAUCGUUCAUUCAUCUACAGAAGGUAACUGUGCAUUUAGAAAUACAUAUACUGGCUCAUGGUUCAUUCAAGAACUGUGCAAAAAUUUCAUAGCCUACGGGAGGAAAGAGGAGGUCAUAAGUUUGAUCAUUCGAGUCACAAAAUGUGUGUCGGGAAAUUACUAUAGUAACGGAACAUAUCCAGAUACUAAUAUUGAAUACUAUAACGCCAAACAAAUGCCGUUUUUUAUAUCCACAUUAAGAAAAAAGUUUUAUUUGAAUAGAAACAAGGAAAGAGAUGCAAUUUUAAGAAUAGCCGAAACUAAUGAAGAUAUACUUAAGAUUUUAGUACAGAUUAAAAGUCAAUUAGAUACUAUUUUUGCAAACGAACAAGAAAAGAAACCCAAGAAAUAACAUAAGUUCAAUUUAGUUUUUUAAAUUUUUUAUCUUUAUAAUUACGUAAGUAUACAUUAUACAUAUUAAAUUAUUUUUAACUUAAAAUAAAAUUAUACGUCAG